AUGUCCCCACAAACUGAUAAAGAAGUAGAAGAGAUGAAGCAAAUCCCAUAUAAGGAAGCAGUCGGAGCACUUCUCUACCUCUCCACUACGACAAGACCAGACAUCUCGUACGCAGUUGGGCAAGUAGCGAAAUUCAACCACAAUCCAGGAGUCCAACACUGGAAAGCGGUGAAGCGCAUCUUCCGCUACCUGGCUGGAACUCGAGAGUAUGGAAUCUUUUUCUCACCUAAUCCUUCUGGUAAAGAAGAGGAGAUAGUGGGCUUUACUGACGCUGAUCAUGCCGGAGAUCCGGACGACCAAACAUCUACAUCUGGAUGUGUCUUCAUCUGCCACGGAGGAUCCUUUUCCUGGUUCAGUCGGAAACAAGGUUGUACAUCCCUGUCAACAACUGAAGCUGAGUUUGUAGCAGGCGGAGAAGCAGCGAAAGAAGCCACAUGGAUAAGAGCCUUCCUUAAAGAGAUUGGUAAAAGAAAUUUAGAAGCCAUUCCUCUCUUCUGUGACAACCAAGGGGCCAUUCGUGUAGCAAAUAAUCCGGUAGCAAAUACACAGACGGAUGAAACAUGUUGA